GUACGGUCAAAAUGUCGCUGUUCGGGAUUGUCAAGCUAUUUUCUCAUCGUAAUGUGCCGUUCUGGCGCAUAGUAUGUAUGAAACAGCGUGUUUUGGCGUGUGCGUUCUAUUUUAUUUUAGACAAGACUUGACGGCUGAGUAAAAGUCUUCAUGGCCCUUGAUUCGACUUUGCAAUACUCUUCCUUCGGUUUUUCGUAAACAACAGGAUCAUAUCAAUGCGAAAAUUCAUCGUUAGCAACUGUUGGAAAAUCUACGCGCUUGUGAGUGAAAAUCUUAGGCAUCAUUUAGUGAAAGCCCCUGAAGAUUUUCCUCCGUGGUCAUCAUGGAUGAAAAGAUGGAGAGUGAACAGAGUUUUAGUGGGGAGAGCAGCAGUAGCUCUUCAGAUACUUCCAGCGGUAGCUCAGAUGCCGACGAGGAAGUUAUGGAGCCGAUUCGAGUCAUGGGGCAAACACUGGAAGUUCCACAAGAUCUCUGUGAAGACUACACCAUAUUCAAAGAGUUGUUUUCAAUGAAAACUUGGGAAUCACUGGAAGAUCACCAUAAAGAAGAAUUGAAGAAGUAUCUCCCCAAGUUUACUGAAAAUGAAGAAGAGGAAACAGAAAAGACAAUAAAGAUGUUCUUCAAUCAUGAACCAUUUCAUUUUACUUCACCUCUUACUACUUUUUAUAACAAUUUGAGACAGGGGAACUAUAGACCAGACAUUGCCAAGAUGAGAAAGUUUUUGUCCAAAGCCAGACAUAAGCAGCAGAAGCAUAAGGAAAAAGCAUAUUUUGCUAAACUGUUGCCUGAAGUGUUGAUAUCCCGAGAAAGAAUAUUGGCAGCGGCCCGGGCAGGGCCUCCAGGUUUAGUUCCACAUCUUCUGCCCCUUCCACCGAAGCCUACGGCUAGGAGCAACUAUAAAUCAAUUCAUUUAAGAGCAAAACAAAGAUAUUUCGAAGAGCUAGCUGCAAUUCAGGGUGAAGUGGGUGGUGAUGAAUCAGAAGAUGAAAAUUACCCAGAAGGUCCACCUGUUUUGCACAUGAGGAAAAGAAAACAAGUAAAUGUUGGCCAAAAUGCUGAUGGUAAUGUCUCAGGAACACUUGGGGGUUCUGAAACCACCCAUGCCACUUCUAUGGAUUGUCUAAAGAAUAUACUGGCUUCUCAUAGAAUAAGAAGGCAAUACAGAGAAAAUCAUCCAGAGCUGAAUACAGCUGGUAUAACUUUAGAUGAUAUAAAGCAAAGGGUAGCCCUCGUAAAUGGUAGCAAAAAGUUAAUGUUUGGAGGACAAAAAACUGACUCGCCUAUACAGAAACUCAAGAGAGGGCCCAGAAAAGAAUCAGGCAAAGGAAAAACACAAGAAUCAAAAGCAGCCAUCAAGAAGAGUAAAGAGGAACCUACAGAAAGUGUGGAGAAUAGACCUUUGCUACCAAAUAUUAAAAUUAAAUGUGAGCAAGAAGAGUCCGACUCAGAAAGCUCAUCAUUUGUAGAUCCUGUAACAAGUCCAAAGCUUGGCAAGAAGUUACUGGACCACUCAGACAUUAAGCAAGAAGUAAUAGACCCCAAGUAUCCUAAUAUUCCAAAUAUCAAUUAUAGUGAUGCUAAACUAGAGCAUAUGAUAAAACAAGAACCACCCGACCCUACUCUAGCAAUUCAAAAUGCAUCUAGGCUAAUCCAACCAGUUCCUAUAAAAUUAGAAGAUUUAGAUGGUAUAGACAUGAUGGCUUUGCCUGUAGAACUGGCGGACGACUCGGGCGAGGUGGUGCCGGCGGACACGUCUGGCGAGGGCGACGGAGUGGUGGACGCCGACGAGUCGCUGACGGAGACCACGCACGCCAACUACUUGUCGCUGGUGCGGGCUCUGUUCCCGGCGAGGGCGGCUCAUCGUGCUUCUAAGCAGCAGCUGCAUGCGAGGUGCGCGGCUGUGAUGAAGUCGCCGAUAGCGCCGCUCAACACUUGGUACAGUUUAUCUGACGAUUGGUGUUCCGAGUUAGAUUCUGCCCUAGAUUUUCUAUCUGGGGAGAGAGGACCGCAUCCUGACGACUUUGUGCCGUACCUACAGUUCUUGCCAGAGACUCAAAUGUACCAGUGGAUCGGCGCAGGCCGCGACUGCGACGCGAUACUGGGCCGGCUGUGCGAGCGAUGGCUGCGAGCCGUUUCCCCUGGGCCGCCUACCAGUGAGCCCCCACCGCCGAGGUAUCCGACAUCGUGGGUGAUGCGUGCGCCGACAGUAGCGGAGAUUACAGAAUUCAGAGCCCAAGAGCGACGGAGAUUCGCCGCUGCUGCCAAGCCCUUUACAUACCUUCAGCAUGGAUACCGGUCGGUGGUAGGCCCGUGCGUGCGCGCAUCCGCAGCUUGCGGCACACAGGGCUCGCUGCUGGCGGCGGAGCGGCCGCGGCACGCCAGCUUCAUCGCGCUCGUGCGCGACGCCGUGGCGCGCCUGCCCAACGGAGAGGGCACGCGCCACGACGUGCUCACGCUGCUCAAAAUGUCGCAAUGGAUCGGCUCAUGCAACGACCAGGCACUCCUCAGCGCGCUCUCUUCGGCUUUGGAUAGAUUGCACUCUGCGAAACGCGACCCCGUCGUGAAAUAUGACCAAAGAACUGCUGUGUGGACGUAUUUACAUAGGAAUAGGUCUGAAGAAGACUGGGUAAAGACAACGGGUCGCGGGCGCGGCGGUAAAGCGGCGCCGCAUUCGGCACCGCACCCGGCGCCGCAACCUGCUAUGGAACUAGAAGUAGGCAGCGUUGAAGAAGUGGUCGAAAACGCGUCGGAUAGUGACGUAGACGUCGACGACACGUCCGCGCCCGCCGCGUCGCAUGUAUCAUCUGCGGCCCAGUUGCUAAUGGCUGCCACCCAGGCCGCGCCACCCAAGCCGCCGCCUGCACCGAAGCCCAAGGGGAAACUCGUCGCCACGCCCAAACCCAAGCCCAGCCCCCAGCCUAAACCGACGACGAGUAAACCCAACCUGAUGACUCAAUCCGCGAAACAGGCCACCUUGUUGAGCCAAGCCGCUAAACACACGCUGAUGAGCCAGGCUGUAAAACAGGCCAACCUCCUGAGUCAAUCGGUAAAACAGUCUCAGAUCGCUAAACAGGCGGUACAGAAAGCGGCCCCGCCCCUGCAGACGAUCAAAACGAAUGUCACGCCGAAACAGACGAUAGUCGCCGCUCAGAAGGCGCCGCCGGCUCCGACGCCGAAACAGACGCCGCCGCGGCAGACGAGCGUGAUCCAGACGAAACACGUGAGCGUGACGAAACAGCCGCCUCAGUCGCCGAAGUCUACUGUGAUCCAGACGAAGCAAACUGUGGUGCCUCAGGCGAAGCCGGCUCAACCGAAGAGUGCGCCGGGACAGUUGAGCCAAGCCACGGCUCAGGCGGUGGCUCAGAUAUCCAAAUCGUUGCCGUCUGUAGUGACGCCGCCCCAUAAGUCGCCGCUGAUCAAGCAGAGGCCCAUGCAGCGGGUGGAGGCUCCACAGGCUACUGUUUCGGCACCGGCCACGCCCUCUCAUGCCCCUACGCCGCCGAUACAGCAAGUCCAUACGGUCUCAACGAUACAAACUCAUAAUAAGCUGGUGCAGGGCACGCGCUCGCUGCUAAUACGGCCGCCCGCUGUGCCCACCACCGCCACCGCCGCCGCCACGCCCACCACGCAGGCGGUGCCUACUUCGCGUCGUGGUGUGGUUAGAGUGUUAAGCCCGGCGACGCAGUCUUCAGGAAAAUCUCUAAUUUCACCACGAGCUCUCUUACAACAAGGUGCUACAACGGUUCCAGCGGCGUUUGCCGCAAAGAAACGUACUCCAGUUGCAAGCACGACGUCUGUUACCACUAUGGCUCAGGCCGCAGCGGGAACGUCAGUUGUGAGCAGUGCGCCUACAGUAGCAACGUCUGCGGUAUCCACGCGAACGGUUCAACUGGCCGGCGGCAGAACAGUGCAGUUGGCGGCCAACCAAACUGUCCACUUACCUGGCGGCCAGGCGGUUCAACUAUCAGGACACACCCUCCAACUCUCAUCGCUCCAACUCCCAACGCAUAGUGUCAGAUUACCCAGUGGUCAAACUGUUCAACUAGCAUCACCGACCAUGCAAGCUGUAAGGGCGGUAUCGACGACGGCAGUCAAAAACCCAAGUCCUCGCGCCACCCCUUCUUCACCCACGAUCAAAACCGUUCAAACUAGCCAAGCUGUUCCAAUACCUGUUUCAACGGUUCAGUUAUCGGGACAAACGGUUCAAAUAGCGGGCCAGACUGUUCAACUGGCGGGACAGAGUGUGCAGUUGACGGGCCACACGGUUAAACUGCCGAGUGGUCAGAGCGUGCAAGUGGCUAGCCAGAGCGUUAUACCGUCGCAGAGUGUGCAACUGCCGAGUGGGCAAACCGUUCAGCUGGCGAGUGGAAACGUCCAAACUGUGCAGUUGGGGUCCAACAUUCAGUUGCCCAGCGGACAGAGUGUUCAGAUGCCGAGCGGGCAGAGUGUGCAAUUGGGAUCUCAGACAGUGCAAAUAGCGGGGCAGACAGUUCAAUUGGCGGGCGGCCAAACUGUUCAGUUGCCGAGUGGCCAGACCCUGCAGCUGUCCAGUGGGCAGACUGUCCAGUUAUCCAGUGGGCAGACUUUGCAGUUGGCUAGCGGGCAGACUGUUCAGUUGGCGAAUCAGCCGGCGCCGAAAAUCACUCAAGUGGUGCGGAGUCAGUCGACAGGCGAUAAGCCAGCGCAGCCGAUCGUCGCCAAACUACUGACGAAUGCACAAGGGCAGAUGAUAUCGCUAGAAGGCGUUGUGGGCGCCCGCGGCGUGCCUCAGCUGCAACUGGCCGGAGGAAGAGGCCGCGCCGCCGUGCGCGUGCUGUCGCCGGCACGCCCGCUGCUGCUCACCGCCGCCAAGCCGCUGCACAACAUCAUCCUGCAGCAAGGUGAUGGCAACGCAAUUCGUGUGACAUCAAGCAGUGGUGCUACUCCUUCACAAACCAUAGUUUUAAGUAAUUUAGGUGCCCAAGCAGUUACCACAUCCUCAACAACGACUCCUGUUUUAAAACUGCAGCAGGUGAAUCCAUUACAGCAAGUAAAACUCGCGCAGGGAAUUAAAAUACAACAGGCGACGUCAGCGGCAAGCAGUAGUACAGCGGCGACAUCUAGCGGCGUCCGCAGCGUACUAAUGGACGGGCAGCAGCUCAAACUGGUUGGCGGGAGACACGUCCUCGCCAGAAUCCUCAGACCAGCGCACCCACCGCCGUAGCAACGUUAGCUAAAGGUAAACUUAGUGUAGAAUAAUCCUGCUAGAUGGCGCGUUAUAGCGUAACGCUCGAUAAGAAAGUAAUUUGUGAAACCAUUGUGUAGUAACAGAGUAGUUGGGCUCUCAUUUACUAAAUCAUUUUUUUCCAAUUAAAAAUAAUAUAGACAUGCCUUUGUGAAUAAAUUCACCUAGACGCGGGUUUUUGUUGACCUUGUCAGUAAUUGACUAUAUGAUUUUCUCAUAAAUAAUUACAUAUUCUGAAAGGCGUGUUCAUUUAUUAUUUCUUGGGUGUUUUAAGAAUGAAAUUAUUUAUUUUCAUCACAAAGAGAAACAGUUACUAGAUCGUUAGCUUUAUAAGCUCCCCUUGAUCCAAUUACCAUCAAAACACAUCACAUGAAGUGAUUAUAACAGAAUUUUUAACCAGUAAAGAUUAUUCUCGAUUAUUUUACGAACUUUGCAAAUGGCAAAGUGAUGGUCAUACGCUCAUACGACAAUAUGGGCCGAACGAAACAUGUGCAAUGUGCUUUAAGAAAUAGCGUAAUUUUAUUAGGUUUUACUUUUUUAUAUAAUAUAUUGCUGCCUCGCAGUUCGGGAUAUUUAUUAAGUAAGAUUCAUACAUGUGGCGUUGAAAAACGUUCGAAACAGUAUUCAACUUUCACACAAAACUUCAUACAGUUUUAAGAAUACGCUAAACCGCUACAAAUUAACAAUUUAUACUAUAGUUAUUGUAAUCGACCAUAAGUAUUUUAUGUUGGUAAUUUGUUUGCUUAAUUUUAUUCAAUAUAAUUUUAACGCAAUGUUAAAUGGAUCUAAGAAAAAUAAAAAUAAGAUUGUAAUCAUAUUUCAACAUUUUAUGUUGAAUGGCUUUGUAAGAUUUAAAAAAAUAUUCUCAGUGUAUAGAAGAGGUUGAUUUAAUAAUAUAAAAGUGAGCUUUUAAAAAUUGAUUUUUGGUUCUAAAUAUGUACUGGUGUUGUGUACGGUGCUUCUGGCACUGACACUGGCGGAUACAAAAUGUUUGGUAUUGCUUAAUGGAACUAUGAAUUGAUUUAACAAAUGUUAAUAUUUUUAACUAUUAUUUAAUAUUUAUUUCAAAACAUUUGUAUUUAGCCAGUGUGAACAUCGUAAUGAAUAAGCCGUAAUUAUUUAAGUUCCACAGAUAUUUACAAAAUGUAUACUUAUUUGUAUUUA